AUGCAAGUCGAGAAACUGUCCUGGGAUAAUCCCGUUCAUAGUGGUUUUACUGUUGACAACAACAACCAUCACCAUGGCAACCACAUGAAUAUCGGUAGAGCUGUCAUUAAAGAAUACAAGUCGUCUCAUGUACCCGCUCCAUUCUCAUCCAAAGAACCAUCGCAUCAACUAAAUGCAUUAACACAUUGUCAGAAGUGCCGACAGCCAUUCAAACAUCCAACAACACUCUCAUGUGGAUUUACAUCAUGCUACGACUGUUUGCCUUCUACAGAACCAUAUCAAUGUAUAUCAUUUAGUUGUCUACGAAAGCAUGACAAUGAUUAUCGACCCAACAUUCUAUUGGAAAAUAUACUAAACAACCUGCACGACACGGAUGCCAUCAAACAGUUGCUGGAUUGUUCUAUUUGUUUAUCGCCUCUAUCAGACCCAAUCACAACACAAUGCGGGCACACUUUCUGUAGAGAAUGCCUAAUUCGCACCAUGACUGACCUGAAGACAAGAUCAUGUCCAUUCUGUAGACACGAGCUAUCUCGCAUUGGAAAAGUCAAUCAGAUUGUAUGCGGCUGGGUCGAUCACAUCUAUCACGAUGCCAGCGACAACAACUACACACUGUCUUCAUUAGAUUCUCAACAGCACACUCCUAUUAUCCAAGUGUCUUCAGCUGUUGCAUUUCCAAGUCAACAUUGCCUCAUUCAUGUUACAGAAGACAGAAAUUCGCUGCUACAAGAAAUGACUACGAGGCCGCAUCAAAAGCAUUACGCUAUAUGUGUAUUCACCAAAGAUAGCAACUCAGACAAUCUCUACGAUUAUGGCAUCAUGUUACAAGUAAACCAUGUUGAACAUUCACCUGAUAUUCGACAUUCCGUGGUAGAAGCAAUCGGCCUCUUUCGACUCAAAAUCAACAACCUUUCUAUUGAUGAGGAGGGGCGUUACAUUGGUGAUGUAACUCGCUUCGAUGAUUGCAACACCAAUGACGUUGAUAGUGAUGCUGCUCAUGAUAAUGGUUGCAGCGGCGAUGACUAUUUCGAUCUUGAUUUCGAUGUUCAAAGUAAACGAUGGACUAUGCCCGCUAUGAAUCAUGCCACGACAUCCAUUGUCACAGUGUCACGACCCAUUACAAUGAGUAGUAGUAGCACUGUUACAACAAACAAUAACAAGCAAGCAACUAGACCAAGACCAUGUUCGAUGCGGUUAUCGAGCUCUGCACCCAACAACGUCCCCGCCUUCAAUAACAUACCUGGCUUGGUGAACAGACGAACAUGGGCAUCCACCAUGAACUUUGGUGGCUCUAGACCACCUUCUCCACCGCCACUAUUGCCAGCUACUAUCAAUACGUCUCAAUUCUAUUUUAAAUCAAUCAAGAAAGCACCCCCGCCUAUCACCACCAUUAUUCCUAAUAUCAACGUUCUAUUCAACCAAGAAAUACAUCCAAGACUCGUUCAGUAUCUGUCCGCUACAUCAAACCAUGUUUGGAUCAUGCAGUAUGAUUGGUGUCUACAGCAAGCAGAUCGAGAAUCCAUCAUCUGGUGGACCGCAAAUGUACUGCCUUUUAGCCAAGAAGAAAAGAUCCAUUUGCUAAGCUUAUCCACAUUACGAGAAAGAAUCAUGGUCAUUUACCAGUGGUUUGACAGAUUGCAGCAGCAGCAGCAGCAGUAA